UUUACCUAUUAAAUAACGUAUUUUCUGAAGUAAUUAAAUUAUGACACUUAAAAAUUGUUGUGUCUGUGGAAAGGAUGAUGCACCUUACAAAUGUCCGACGUGCAGAGAAUCUUAUUGCUCUGUAGGAUGUUGCAAAGAGCAUAAAACUCAAUCUUGCGAGCCUCCAGUAUUAUCUGAGGAACUCAAGGCUCAUCAAAGCGCCAAUCGAUGGAAAUAUGACUUUCCAACGGAAGACACGGUGCCUAUGGAGAAACUACAGCAGUUGCAUGACAGUAAGGAAUUGAAGCAGUGCCUCCAAUCUUCCCAUUUGCGCAAUGUUAUGAAGACAGUUAUGAAUAGUCCAAAUCCAACUGAGGCGAUUGCUUUAGCCAUGAAGAAGGAACCUAUAUUUGUGGAGAUGGCCGAUGCUUGUCUGAAGGUCGUAGAAUUGCCAGACCAUGCUAAACCAUGCUAAACUAGUUCUAACAAGUGAGUACUUGCAAGUAUAUGUCAUUGUUACACAAAAUAAGGCUGUGAUGUAUUAGACACAUAAUUGUUAAUACUACUUGUAAUAAGUAUAUGUUACAAAUGGUAUAAAAAUACAAG